AUGAAGCUCAGAAGCACUCUCCUCGCUCUCAGCAGCCUCUCCACCGCCCUCAGCUGCGCCACGCACCUCCCGCGCCAAAACGGCACCGGCUCACCGGCGCCGCCCAUCGACUUUGGCCCCGACGCGCCCUCCGACCCCGCCACGACCGGCUACUUCAUCAACCACGUGUCGCUCAACGUGCAGAACCUGACGGCCUCGCUCGCCUUCUACACCGAGGCGCUCGGCCUGCGGCACAUCUUCACCGUGCGCGCGACGCCGCGCCUCUCCAUCGCCUACCUCGGGCACGCCCGGGGCGGCCGCAACGGCACCGGCUACCAGACGACCCAGGAGCUCCUCCGCGACAAGAACAACGCCCAGGGGCUCGUCGAGAUGAUCUGGCUCGACGUGCCCCGGCGGGACAUUGCCUCGCCGAGCAAAAGGACAAACGGCGUCGGGCACAUUGGCGUGGUGGUGCCGGACGUCGACGCCGCGCAGGCGCGCCUCGAGGCGCUGGGGAGCGUCGGCAUACUCAAGAGGGUCGGCGAGGACACGCCCAGGAGCGGCCCGCUAGCUGUCUCGCAGGGCUUCUCGGAGGGGGUGUACGCGCAGGUGCCGCUCGAGGAGCGGCGCGCGAUGGAGGCGGUGCUGGAUGAGAACAACCGGCGCUUCAUCUACGCGCAGGAUCCGGAUGGCAACAUCCUGGAGAUUCAGCCCCAGGAUUAG